GAAAAAACGGUGAACGGUUUGAAGUUUAAAAAAUUGUUUGCGUUUGAAUUUUAACAAUUCAAAGAUCGUUUAUUAUUGAGUUUGAAAGUUUUAAUAAAAUGUGUGAUAUAAUCAAAUAAAACUUGUGAUUUAUUGAGUUCUGAGUGUUUCAUUUACGCUGAUCAUGUAUUUCCAAAUUGAAAAUACUCCUGAACAUAUACGAAGGGCUCGGCGCGCGGAAUUUGUUGUGAAGGAGGCACCAAAGGAAGAAUGUCCUCGUCUUGUCCUGGCCCCGUUUUCUCGGCCUCCGCAAGUGGUAUUCGACAAUGUUCUUAUUGGUGCAACUUGCGAGAGGAACCUGGAGGUGUUCAACCCGUCAAAGCAAGUACAACAGAUAACACUCGGUAAGUCUCUACCGGCUGGCUUGGUGAUCCACUUGCCAGGAGAAUGGCUGGUCCUGGAACCGGAGACGUGUUACUGUUUGACGAUGCUAUGGACUCCGACCCAGCCAACUGGAACCAGGGAAACAAUCCGCUUCACCAAUGAGAACAGAGGCCGAUAUGAUGUUAUUGUUGUUCUCAAGUCUGUUAUGAAUAUAAAAGGGAAAGGCGCCCUACCUAAAGGUUUCAAGAUAUCCCCAGGUAAAAUAAAAAAGAAAUCAGGUAAAAAAUCUCCAGUAGCUGUUUACAAGAAGAAGUCUGAAAUAAUUUACAAUACAACACAAAUACAGAAGACUUACAAAGUCAUCCAAUCACAACAAAAGGUUACUCAUCAAAUGUACAAUAAAGAAAAUAUGGCAAUUAACGACUUUGCCAUGGACAUUCGUCAAGAUAAGUGUCCAUUUGAUUCACCAGGCAGUAUUGACUUUAACUUUGAUACUUCCGAAGUUUUCUCUAAUAUGCGCCAGCCUUAUAAACAAGAUAUACUGCAGCAAACAUAUGACAAAUCUUAUACUUACAAUAACACAUUGAAUGCACCACAAAAUGUACUGAAGCCAUCCAACAAGCAAACUUGUGAUAUCUCUGGCACAGAACUGUUUGACAAUCUCACAUUUACUCCAUUAAAAACUUUGCCUGCUAAAGUUGAGAAACUUGACAAGGGACCUAAGAUUAUCCUUAGUAUGAAUUCUGAAAGUGACUUGGAUGAUAGUUUGGAGAAUAAGGAUUAUAAUAAAGAAAAUCAGACUCAUUCCAUUAUCAGUGUGACAUCUUCACAACCACCCAAUAAGUGGCUGACAGUCAAUCAUCACACUAAAGUUGAGACCCACAUGGAAACACCCACUAUACUGAGUAAGAAACACCCUGACACAUCAUCGCCUAAAGAGCUAAACAGCCCUAAUUUCUCUAUAAAUACAGAAUUCUCUCGUAUUAGCGACCUGUCGUUCUUUCCACAAAGAUUUUCGACAGAACGGAAAACAUUCCCGAAGUUAAAUAAUGAUACCCAUGACAUAUUUGACGACCAUUUCAAACCUGGCUCUGAUACCUACACCAAGGAAUCACCGAAUACGCCAAUGGAACCGAAUUUCAACCAAAUUUACGAAAUGAAGCCACCACACUUCUUUCUGAAAGAUCAGCCUAAGAUGUGCAGGCAAGCUCUCUUCAAAGACUACCAAUACCAGAAAGAAAACUACGAUCAAAGAAAUCAACACCAAAAAGAAAUUUAUGAUCAAAGAAACUUUUUGAAUGCUUACGAAAACGCUUGGCAAAACGAAUUACGAGUGGAUACACGAUCUCCUCCACCUAGAUCGAUCACUCCUCCUCUACAGUCUAUUCCCGAAGAAAGUGUCCAGUUCUCUGAUACCUUCAAUAGAACUGACCAACAAAUGUCUACAUUCACCAUCAAUCGUACUUUUGACAAAGCUCCCGAUAGGUUUUCUUCGAUCCCUGCAACGAGUCAAAGACAAUCGUGGUCCAAGAAAGCUGUGCGCGCGGAACCAGAUCUCUGGAAAAUACCGAUUUCUCAUGUCAAGAAGACUAUGAAAAGUAAGGCGUCUACCAAAAAAGAUUCGAGCAGUAGUAAAAUUUCUAAUACGACGUUUGAGACAAAUAAAAGUAUUAUCCAGAACAUGUCAGUCAACCAGGUCGGGAACGUAUACUCUCAAGCGGCGACAGUCGAUCCAUUCUUGUCGUCUACUUACUUUUACGACGAAGAAGCCGUAGAAAAGUUCGAAAAUGAAUUUAAGAGGUGGUUGAAUUGUAUAUUGACACCACCUUCCGAUUUGGAUAGCAACGUAGAACAGAAGAUAGACGUUGGAAAAGCUUGGAUCGAAAAUAGGAAUAAAGAAGUUCCUGCCGCGCCUACAAAGGAACAAGUAUCAAGUGCGUACCACAAUAGUCACCGCCUGGAGAGUCUUAGAAGAUCAGCUAGAGCUUUACUUAUGAGUCCUGAGAUCGCAAUAGUGUUCCAGAAGUUGACUGCUCAAAUUGACAAGAAACUUAUUGCCAUUAGGGCCGACAGAAAUCUUCAUUUAGAUGUUGGACUACAGAAGAUUAUCAUGGAGUUGCUAUUAUCGUACAAUCCACUUUGGCUUCGAAUCGGUCUUGAAGCCAUCUAUGGUCUUGUUUUACCUUUACAUUCAAAUAGCGACGUUGAGGGUCUCACUACGUUUAUAAUUCAAAGAAUGUUCAAGAACCCCUUUCUCAAAAAUAAACAUUCGAAGUCCAAUGCACCGAAUAUGUUACUCCCCGCGUACAUGGAAGCUAUUAAGAAGUUUACUCUCAAAAAGUUUUUCAUGCUCGUAUUCUUCUUGGAUCAAGCAAAACAAAGGAAACUUAUAUCACACGAUCCUUGUCUCUUCUGCAGAAACGCCGUUUGUAAAGAAAGCAGAGAAAUUAUAAUAAGAUUUACAAGAGAGCUUAUUGCAGGUAUAGGCGAUAUCACGAAACACCUUAGACCGCUCGGCUAUGUCGUGAGUCAUAAGCAGUCGUAUUUAGAUGAGUACAAAUACGCAGUGCAUAACAUAGCGUUGGACAUUAGGGAUGGGGUUCGACUAACGAAGGUAAUGGAAAUCAUUUUGAUGAAGGAUGGCUUAUUGAGGCAGCUGCGUACUCCGGCUAUUUCUCGUCUUCAGAAGAUCCAUAACGUGCAAGUUGCAUUGAAUGCUUUGAAAGAGGCCAACUUCGUGAUCGUUGGCGAAAUAACUUCCAACGACAUUGCUGACGGACACAGGGAAAAGACAUUGUCUCUGUUAUGGCAGAUUAUUCACGUGUUCCGCGCCCCAUUGUUUGAGAGAGCCGCUAAUGUUAUACAGACGUGGUGGAGGAAGAAGUACGAAGUUAUCGUAGAGAAGAGGAGGGAACAAGAGAGAAUACUUCAAGAGCGUGUGAACGCAGCCAGUGUGAUCCAAUGUUGGUGGCGCCGUAUACAGUACAACCGCCUGGUCGAAUGGAAGAUGCAACAGAUCACAACAGCGACAAUCAUAGUACAAAAGUAUUGUAGAAUGUGGAUACAUAGAAGUCGCCUUCUGCGCUGGAAAAGGAGCGUCCUGAAGAUUGAAACUUGGUACAGAUCUGUAAUGAUGAUGAGAGAAGCUAAAGCAGAACUUGAAAGGUUGAGAUUUGAGAGGGAAGAAUUGAGGCGUAAGGCUGCUAUACAUUUACAGUGUCAAAUCAGGCGCUGGCUAUGUGUGAGGCAAUACACGUUACAGUUAAAGAGGAUUGUCACUGUACAAAGCUUAGUCCGAAGAUUUCUGGUCAGAACACAGUAUAUUCGAUACAAGCAGGCUGUUCUAUGCAUCCAGCAAAGGUACAGAGGCAAACUAUUGAUGAAAGAGCAAAUGCAAGACUUUGCUAUUAAGCGCCGCAGCGCCAUCCUUAUACAGAGUUACUACAGAAUGAUACAGCAGCGCAGAUCUUACUUGAAACUUAAGAAUGCGAUCAAUAUAAUUGAAGAACGCUAUAGAGCAUUGCUUCAAAUGAGAAAUGCUCGCAGCCAGUAUCAAGCCCUGAAACAAAAUGUUAUUAUGGUACAGGCUUUGUACAGACGUAGGAAAUGCCAACAGGAAUAUUUAAGACACAGAGAACUUAUCAUAUCCCUUCAGAGGAGAGUCAGAGCUCACCAAUUAAUGAAAAAAGAAAAAGAAGAAUUUCUUCGUGUCAAGAAUGCAGCCAUUGUACUCCAAACAUACAUUAAGUCAUAUUUGAUCAUGAAAAAAUUAAGACAAGACUACCUACGACUACAACAGUCUACAAUUAUCAUUCAAAGAUACUGGUGUUCGUAUUUAGAAGCGAAAGCUCAGAGAAACGCUUAUCUGCGAUUAAGAAAUGCCGCAGUAACUCUACAGAGGUCCUACAAAGACUUGCUGCUUACACGUAAAGAGAGAUCUGAAUAUUUAUGCCUGAAGAAAUCUGUAAUAGUUAUACAAAGAAGGUUUAGAGCACAAUGUUUGAUGCGUAAACAAAAAGAAGAAUAUUCUAAACUUCGCCAAGCAACUAUCGUCAUUCAACAUAGAUAUGUAGCCUUAAUGAAAAUGCGUGAACAACAGGCCAUGUAUCUAAAUCUUAAGUCAUCUUGCAUAACUAUCCAAAAUGCUUACCGGGCGUAUACUCUGGGCAGGGAGCAAAGAAAGAAAUACUUGGCAUUAAAAACAUCUGCCAUUAAAAUCCAGAACUGGUUUAGAAGUUGCAAGAAGGGCAAAGAAGUACAACAGCAAUACCAGCAAGCGAAACAAGCUUGUGUUACUAUUCAGAAAAUAUACAGAGCGUAUGUUAUCGGAAGGAAACAGAGACAAGAGUUUAUUCGAAUUAGAACCGCAACUAUUCGCAUUCAAACUUAUUACAGAUCGUAUAUCGAAAUGAAGACCAUGAGACAGCAAUAUAUUAAAAUAAAAACAGCCACAGUUACUAUCCAGAGAUACUACAAAUCGCAUUUGGAAACCAAGAAGCAAAGGGCAUCGUAUAUACAAAUGAAAAACGCUGCAAUUCUUAUAGGAGACCAUUAUAAACGUUAUAGACUAACUAAGGCAGCCAAAGAUGAUUACCGUCGGCUUCGAAACGCAACUCUAUGCAUCCAGAGAAGAUACAGAAGUGUUUGUGCCAUGAGAGCCGAAAGAGAAAAAUAUUUAAGAACCAAACUUGUGCUUACACAUUUACAACAAAAGUACAAGGCCAUCCUUGCGAUGAGAAGAGACAGGCAAGCUUAUUUACACUUACAAAAUGCUGCUAAGACAAUCCAGAACAGAUUUAGAGCUCAAAAACUUAUGAUAUCGACAAGAAGUAUGUACACUACUAUGUUGACAAAGUGUAUCGUGAUUCAGAGAUUCUACAGAGCUAUAAUUGCAGGCAGGAAGCAAAGGAAAGAGUACAUCGAUUUGAAACAAUCUACUAUUGUCUUACAAAGAAGAUAUAGGGCUCUACUUGCAAUGAGAAAGUAUAGGAAAUUAUAUCUGAACAAGAAGUCAGCUGCUAUUGUUAUCCAAAGGAGAUUUAGAUCAUAUUGCCUCAUGUUGAAAGAAAGGCAAAAUUAUACAAACAUACUCAAGGCUUGUACUACUAUUCAGGCGGCAUUCCAAGCGUAUGUAAGUGGCAAACGCCAACGAAUUGAAUAUAAAAAAAUCAAAUCAGCUACCAUCCUAAUUCAGAGACGUUUUAGACUAAUCAGAGAAACUAGAAAGAUUCGAAAUGAAUACCAAACGCUUAGAAAGGCUGUUAUAAUAAUACAGAACAGAUAUCGACAAAAGAAAUUAGCUCGUAUUAUGAGAGAAAAUGAAGCUGCUCAGAAAAUAGAAAACUGGUAUGUUGCUACAAAAAAACGCGACAUGUGCCGUCAAGAAUAUUUAACGUUGAAAAAGUAUACAAUACUGACUCAGUCUGUAGUCAGAAUGCUUAUACUUCGUAACAGAUUUGUGGCUAUAAGAGAAGCUACUUUGUGCAUACAGAGAUUCUACCGCUCAUACAAGAUGGCGAUCACAGAACGCGAAAGAUACGUUAAGACAAGAACUUCCAUUAUUAAGUUGCAGAGUCAUGUUCGGAGCUUCAUUGAAAGAAGACGUUUCUUCAGGAUGCGAUCGGCAGCGGUGACAAUACAGGCGGCCUAUAGACUUAAAAAGAAGCGCGACCUUCUGAAAGCUCAAAGGUUACAAGCAGCAAUAUGCUUGCAGAAACACGUAAGACGAUAUCUAGUACGAUCAUGGUACGUAAAAUACAUACAACGGGUGAGAUUCAUUCAGACAAUAUGGAAAGGUAAAUUACUAACGAGACUGAUACGCUGCGAAUUUACACAAAAAAGAAGGAUUAUAGUCAAGUUCCAAGCUAUAAUCAGAGGAUACUUGGUGAGAAAACAGAUUCAGUUGAAGAGAGAACAUAUUGAAAAGAUUAGGGAAGAAAAGAGAGUCUACUGGGCAGCUUCUAAGAUUCAGGCGUUAUUCCGAGGACAUAAAGCGAGAAUGGACAUAGCUCAUGACAAGCGCGUGGCGGCAAUCAGGCGCAGAUGGCGCGACGGUGGCCUAAAGUCCACCCAAGAGUCUAUGAAGGAGCGCAACGAGGAAGCUAUGGAGGUGCUCAGGAAUAUCAGCGGCAUCGAAACUGUUAUCAAAGCAUUUAGAUCUCUUGAAUUAUUAACAGAAGUAUUUCCGAUGUUGUACAACGACAAUGCGUCAGCCAUUGUGCAUCGUGUGUACACUUACAUGUCAGUGACGAACAGAUCCAUAUCUAGUAUAGAAGUGCUGAAAUCUGCUGCGGCCGUGCUCGUCAAUUUGACUAGAUAUAGGAUCACGGGACCGAAAAUAUACUUGAGAGAUCGUAUUUCGCCAAUAUUAAAAUUCAUGUGGAGAUUCAGUAAUAGCGAGACUCAACUGUUUUGCAUAAUGGCAACAUAUUUGUGGCUGUUUUCCAAAUAUGAAAAUGUUAAGAAGGACCUAACACAGUUACUGAACCAGCCAGAAAACCACAGAAUGCUAGUAACAAUAAAAGGGAAUGUUGAUAGAACUAAGAGAAUGACUACAAACAUUAUGAGGAGCAAGUUCCAUACACCUCAACCAUCCAAAUUCAUUUCCCAUACAAACAACCAGUCUUUAAAUAUGAGCCUUUGUCAUACUGGACAAAGUACAAUGUUGCCAGCUUUAGAACCAGAUUAUGGCAUUGUCAGAGUAGAUAAACCACGGUACUUUGAAGACGCCCAACAAGCCAUCAGUUGCCUUUUCCACACAUAUCAACUGUGAUCAUAUGUUUUUGAGGAUUUUUAAUUAGUUAAAAUCGUUUAAUAUAUUCUAGCACUGUUAAUAUUAUUAUGUUAGUUUGUAUACUCCUUUAUUGUUAAUUUUCUGCCC